CCGACGGGCAAGGCCCUACUGUACUCGCGCACCCCAAAAUGGCUCGGAAGCAGGACGAGCAGAGAGGGGGCGCGCCCUUGAUGGCGGAAGGCAAGUCGGACGCGGAGGUUAGGCUCAUUCUGUACCACUGGACACAUUCUUUCAGCUCUCAAAAGGUGCGAUUGGUAAUUGCUGAAAAGGCAUUGAAGUGCGAGGAACAUGAUGUAAGUCUGCCCCUGAGUGAGCACAAUGAGCCUUGGUUUAUGCGUUUGAACUCAACUGGAGAAGUGCCUGUCCUUAUCCACGGGGAAAACAUUAUUUGUGAGGCCACUCAGAUCAUUGAUUAUCUUGAACAGACUUUCCUGGAUGAAAAAACACCCAGGUUAAUGCCUGAUAAAGGAAGCAUGUAUUAUCCACGGGUACAACAUUAUCGAGAACUUCUUGACUCAUUGCCAAUGGAUGCCUAUACACAUGGCUGCAUUUUACAUCCUGAGCUAACUGUGGACUCCAUGAUCCCAGCUUAUGCAACCACAAGGAUUCGCAGCCAAAUUGGUAACACAGAAUCUGAACUGAAAAAACUUGCUGAAGAAAACCCAGAUUUACAAGAGGCAUACAUCGCAAAACAGAAGCGACUUAAAUCAAAGCUUCUUGACCAUGACAAUGUCAAAUAUUUGAAGAAAAUUCUUGAUGAAUUGGAGAAAGUCUUGGAUCAGGUUGAAACUGAGUUGCAAAGAAGAAAUGAAGAAACUCCAGAAGAGGGCCGCCAGCCUUGGCUCUGCGGAGAAUCCUUCACCCUGGCAGACGUUUCACUCGCUGUCACAUUGCAUCGGCUGAAGUUCCUGGGGUUUGCGAGGAGAAACUGGGGAAAUGGAAAGCGACCAAACUUGGAAACCUAUUACGAACGUGUCUUGAAGAGAAAAACAUUUAACAAGGUUUUAGGACAUGUCAACAAUAUAUUAAUCUCUGCAGUGCUGCCAACAGCAUUCCGGGUGGCCAAGAAAAGGGCCCCAAAAGUUCUUGGCACCACCCUUGUGGUUGGUUUGCUCGCAGGAAUGGGAUAUUUUGCUUUUAUGCUUUUCAGAAAGAGACUUGGCAGCAUGAUAUUAGCACUUAGACCCAGACCAAAUUAUUUCUAGGCUUGUAGGGAUCUCAUGGUGGCAACUCAUCCAGCUAUUCAACUAGACCCUUGUCCACUCUUCCAGGCCCAGUGGAGAAUGACCCUGGGCAAUUAGUAAAAAGCAUAAUUUACUUUACUCUUUGGAUAGUUUAUGUGGGGAGAGGAGAUAAUGAAAGUGUUUUUGUGGGCUGGUAACUUUGAGGUCACUUAUUUGAAAACCUGAACUAAUCCAUCCUUAAAGUGUGCAAGGUCAAGAUAACGUAAAUGUGACAGAGAAUCAGACCUUCAACUCAAAAUGUCAGUUCAAGUUCUGAAUUAUUUUGGGGGAGAAGGUUCUUACUAUAAGCAGACAGUAAUAGCCUGUGAUUGCCCAUAGCUGUUCAUUUGAGACUAUCUGGAUGUGCUGAGUGUUGAGUAGUUAGCAACAUUUUCCACUGGAAAUUCAGAGAUCACCUUUGUUUUAAACCAGUUCAGAUAGUGGCAGGGGCACAGCAGCACAUCAUAUGAUCACUGUUAGCUUCAGGCAGAAAUAAGUAACACAAAGGGAACAGGGAGAAGGAAAGAGGGACACAAGAGGGAAAAUGAAGUCUAUAGUGAAGAGCGGUAGAAGGCAACUGCCAGGUGCCUCCAACACAAUUCAUGGCUGUCUGUCCCCUUAGUAAACAUUACAUUUGACUACUUGUGGCCAUUGCCCACAUAUCUUCCUGUAUGAGAAACUUGGGAAGAGACUAGGGAGUUACUGGGGGAGUGGACUGGAGAAAACCCUGGGCUUUACACUCAGAGCUCCUCAUCUGACCUUAGUAUUAAUUUUAAAUGCAUAUGAAUCACACUCAUUAUUUUAAUAAGAUUAACCGCUUAUGUACUUGGGUGUGAAAUGCCUACUGGAACAUUUCUGCUUAGCAUUUACAUGAUAGAAAAUGGUUCCUUUCUUUUCCUCAUAGUUCCCUAAUUGGAUGCUGCCUGAGAAAUAUCACUCCUAUGGACCGUUUUCUCCAGUCACUGGGGGUCUUGCCUUCUACAGCCUCUUUUAGCACACAAGUGGGAGUCAGGUGAAGGUCCCUGCUAAUUCCUAGCAUGGCACGUGGCUAGGUAGUAGGUGUUUGAAUGAUCUGGGAGCACUAAAUAUGCUUAUUCUGAUUUUGAAGAAGCUGGUGUGUUAAAAAACUGUUGUCUAGGCCUUGCAUCUGUUUAUUGUUAUU